AUGUACGCACUGUUUCGACGAAAAUAUCGCACUCUUCUGUUACUAUUUGUUGUUGCAGUGUUAUUUUAUCUUCUCCAAUGUUUCACAGUUUCAAGAUUGGGAGAUGUAGCUCACAGUAACAUACACUUAAAUGUGCCCUCAAAAGAGGAUCUGGAUAACAUUGAGGAUGUAGCAGGUUUGUUAGGUGAACGUGAGAACAAGCACAAGUUAAAAUAUCCACAACAGAAGGAAAUUGAUAACCAUUUGGACCAAAAUGUGCAUAAACAAGAGAAACAUAAAAUAGGUAAUAAUAAAUUAGUAAAUAGCAUCAGUGUUAAAAAUGGUGGGCCUAGAAACAACCAGGUUGAAAAUAGAAAAGAUAAAAUUAAAAGUGACCAGGAUAGAAACAGCAGAUUUGCAAAGGAAAAUAAUGAAACACCAUGUCCAGAUUCUGAAGCACUCAGGCAUUUUGGUUUCAUUAAUAUGACGAAAGACAGCCGCUUAAUUGCUGCCAGUGUUAGUUUGUUGGGAGUUCUUGAGUCAGAGAAACACCUGUACAGCGCUGAUGACAGGAAUAUGUUGUCAUGCCUGACUGCAACUCAGGUAAGGAUUUCACGUCAGCAAAUUAAUGAUGAUUUUUGCGACUGCCCAGAUUCUUCAGAUGAGCCUGGUACUUCAGCCUGUCCAAGCAGCAGAUUUUACUGCACGAAACAAAUUCCAGGUUUUGUCACUCAGUUUAUCAUGUCCAGCAAAGUAAAUGACGGAAUCUGUGAUUGCUGCGAUGGAAGUGAUGAAUGGUUUGGUGCUGUGGUUCCAGACUUCAUGCGAAUUGAAGAGGGCAUGCCUCUCGGAGCUGUGUAUCAUGCACCAUGUGUGGAUAGAUGUGAUGACAUUUUAGCUGUCCACAACCAAGAAGAACUCGUUCGAGCACAAGGGAGAGAAAAACAGAAAGAAUAUUUGAAAAUGGCCGCACUUGAGCUUUCAGAGAAUGAACGAGAGAAAUACGGUCCGAAUGGGGUCUUUUACCCCUUGAGUAAAAAGUGCUACAAGCUGAACGUUGACCAGUACACCUACAUCAUUUGCCCAUUUGAGAAAGUCAGUCAAGAGUCGGUUCCACAAACUCCAGUUAUUCUUGGACGUAAAACAAGCGUCAUUUCUGAACAUGGGCAACAUAUGCUCAUCAUGGCGGGUGGGGAUAACACUUUGUGUCCUUUUGGACGUGAUCGAAGAUCUAAGAUUCACAUCAUGUGUGGAUUGAAUGACAGACUGAUGAAGGUUUCAGAAUCUGAGCUGUGUGAGUAUACAUUUACCAUGAGCUCUCCUGCUGCGUGCUGA